AUGUGCAGCCGUUCACGAGGGUAUGCCGGUCGAUCCUUCUUCGGAAUGAUGAUCUCGUUGUUCGUGCUUCUGGCACAGCUCGAUCCGGCGCUCGCCACGUCUGUCAGGUUAGUCACAACACGUGUUGAACAGGAUUGAGAGGGCGUGAGAGCUUCCAGAAGAUCGCUGACUCCACACAACAACAACGCCGAGCCGUACGGAAUCGUGCCGCCCGCCUACCCGUAUGAUCCGCAUCCGCUUUCCGCGCCCGAAGCCGUCGUCCACUCACCACGCCCGAUACUGUGCAACAAUCACACCGAGUACGAAUGCGUCUGCAUGCGCGCCUACACUUCUCCGCAUUCCUCUUCCUCUUCGACGCACUCGGCGCCGGCGGCUCCCGAUUGCAGUGUGUUCAUCAAGGUAUUUCUGCUUCUUCUUCUUCUUCCCUUUUCCUCGUUCUCUCUCGUCCCUGUGCGAUAGGGAAACCGAGCAAAAAACAAGUAAUGAUGAUGAUGAUGAUGAUGAUGAUGAUGAUGGGAGAAGACGGAAAGGGAAACAGACAGCGAGCACAACAAUAGUUCGUUUCUGUCUCCUCGAGUUUCAUCUGAGAACUCUUCAAUGUUUCAGGCCGAAACCCUUUUUCCGAGACAAAACUUUGAAAUUCCGGAACCUCCCCGGGGACACCCAAAAACUUAUCAUUUCUUUCCCCGUCGGAGCUCUAAACAGAGUUUAGACGGGAUGAGGAGAGGCGCAGACGUUGGCAGCGGCCGAAAAAAUGCGUCUAGUGAUGUUUUUACUUUUUACUCUUGAGAUUUCGGUCGAGAUUUUGGUGGAGAUCCAACUUCUAAAGGUAGACAAAUUUGAUUUUGCGAGAUAAUCGAAUAUCGGGCAUUUCCCGUUAUUAUAUGAUUGAAUUACGCCUGAACUAUGUCUUCAUGACGUUCUUGAAUCGAGUUAGACGGUGAUUCGGAAGUUUUUUUGUCCCGUUGAAGCCAAACCACUAUUGAGAACGUCGAAUAAUCCUUUCCUGGUUGAAAAAGGCCGAGUUCUUUGCCCUCUCCCGAAUAGAAGGGCGCCAUAUUUCUCUUCGCUCUUCCUCAUCAGAAGGGGUCCUCGUUUACUGCGUUGGCUCUCCAACCAAACAAAAAAUUCAAAAGGCCCUUUUCCUUCUUCUGUGGAAAGAAGGGGUAGAAGGCGUCAGCUUCAACGCGUGCCUCGAGCCGUGAAGCCGUGAAAACCGAGUGAGUCGGGCAAGAAGGAGGAGGAAGGCGCCGAAAAACUCUGUCUCUAUUCACACACAUACUCACAUACACACACACACACACACAAAAAAAAACGACGGCGACGUCCUCCUCAUCCAGCCAACUUUGCAACGAGCAGCAGCAGAAGCAGCAGAACGAGAGAAGGGCUCUGUGAGCACACUGACUAUAGCUUCAAAAAGAAGCGGGUUGGAAAACACUGGGUGAUUUCGAGAAGCUGAGCAUAUUUUGACUUAAGAAUUCAUACACCGCAUCUUUGUUUUCUUCGCCAUGUUUCGACCUUGAGAAGACCAAACAAAGAAACAAAAACUCUUGUGGGCGCCGAGAAACCCGAGUGCGGUGGGAGAUUGGAUUUCACACCGGGUGUGAUGGGAUCACAUGAGGAAAUUAUGAGCCAACAACUAUUUUGAGAGGGAAACUAGUCAUUUCAGACGGAUGAUCUUCCGGUUGUCGAUAUGCGAAUGCGACAGGUGAACACCGAGGCGAAGCUCUACACAGGUGAUAGUUACGAGGUCGGAAAUCUCAGCGAAAAUAGCUAUUAUACGUCCGUUUUUAGGAGUAUUUCAAGCGGAGAAUCUCGACGAUCGUGUCCCAUUACUGCCAGCACAACACAAAUGAGUGUCCGGGUGUUUCUCUUCGGAUGAGUCAUGUGAGUCAGGUAUUGCACGUUUCACUUUUCUCUUUUCUCAAUCUCAAGCUCUAAAAUUGGCUGAAAUCACUGGGCUCGGCAGCAAGCGCACGCUCUUUUUAACCCUUCACCGUAAACGUAUUCGUCGUCGUCUUCACACCUAUUUACCGUGAAUGAACAACUCCUCGGUUAUGAUUUCCUUUUGAUUCUGUUUCGUUUUUCAACGCAAAAAUUGUGCGGAAUGAGCAAGCAAAUUCCCCUCUUUUUCAAGGAAAUGCUCCAAAAACUGAGCGAUGACGAGGCCGACGGACUAGAUCUAGACAAAUCGGUCGUGUAUGCCGAACGUGACGAAUCAGAGCCACUUUUCAACAAGGUGCUUUCUCGAAUUUCAUGAAUUUUAGACCAAAUUUCGAAACCAGCUUCACUUCUCUCCUAAUUUCUAGCUUUAUAGAGACUAAUAGAUCCCUAAACAGCUUUUAAUAAAUCCUGUGUUUUAGGAUAAUGUGAUCAUUCUUCGAAUGGAUCAUUUACGCGGAAAUUUGACUAGGUUGCUGUUCGUUUUGACGAAAAACGAUAGGAAUAGCGGAGUAGUCAACGAGGAUGAGAUAAUUGAUCCUGUUAAGGUGAGAACAAUCACUUCUUUUCAGUUGAAAAUCGGAAAAUUUCCAGAUAAAGUACAUAAUAGCCAGUCAAGUGGGACCGUUGUCCCGCGUGCUUGGAGGGAUCAAGAUCGACAGUGUUCGAGCGGCCAAGUUGAAGCGAAAUUAUGACGUGGCGGCGGCCAACUCACUCAGCUACAGUACCCCCGAGCAGAGAGUCGACAACGCAAAAGACAAUAGCAAACUAGUCAAAAUUCUAGCCGUCGUGAUUCUUUUUUUCGGAACCACUUACAUUAUCGGUCUUAUCCAGUGCGUUCGCUGGUGUCACCGAAGGAGAAAGGCCAGGAAGGAGGCAAAGUUGGCAGAGACUAGCCACGUGGCAACUGAUGCUAAGAACUACGGUACUUGCGAUGGACAAGCGAGAAAACCGUCACGGAACGGGCACAUGGUGCAUUCGGAGGAGCGGACGCCGUUGACGAUGUACGAGCAGAUCGAUGAGAACACUCAUGAUGUGGGUUCCUUUUUUCUGACUUUGAAUAAAACGGGUAAUUUUAGGAUCAAUCGCAGUCUCUUUCGCAGAGACAAAUGCGUAACUGGUUCAAAUGCGACUCUUCUCAACUGCCUCGCGAGCCGACGUACCCCACAAAUCUUGUCGAUUCCUACCAAAUGACCCUCGGCGCUCCGAUCACUACCCCCAAUCCGACCGACGAUUUGAAGGCCAAAGAGGAAUCACCGGUAGGAACCGGUUUUAUUAACAGCAAAAAAAAGAAUGAUUUUGCAGAUUUUAACCAAGAGAACGGAUGGAAAAGAGACAAACAAGGCAGUGUCACCAGUAUUUUCUUCACAAGCGACGACAAGUUCCGAGGCGAUAUUCCCGCCGUCCAAGGACUUUUCCGAUUACGUCGAAGAUCAAUUCCACAAGAGUAGAGCCUCGUCGAGCAGUCCGACCGACAUUCCAAAGUCUCCGUUGGACGAUCCGUGGGAUGAGAUGGCCGGAAACAAGAACGUUCCGCCCGUGGUCCUUCUUCAGUCGGACACUCCUGAUUUGCCGUUGGCAAUGCAAAACCAUCUUGGAAAGCAGAGAUAUGAAGAAGAUGAGGAGGUGGAAGGUGUGAAAGGGCUGAGGAGUAAUAGUCCGGUGUUCGCGAGGCCGAGAUCCAGAAGAGGAAGUCGGAUUGAUGAGCCCGAGGGACAAUUGGACAUUCUCGAGUUAAAACCUUUACAGUAAGCUUUGGCAUUGCAGAAAACUCGAUUUUUUAAAUGUUUGUAGCACCGAUGACCCAUUGGCAGAACCUUUGGACGUUCCAGUGCCAAUUGACAGUAUCAAAGGAUCCGUAGACGAAGAGGAUCGGUGGUCUUCGAGUGAGGAGGGAGAAGUCGACGUAUACUACAAGAUGAGUGACGAUGAAGACGUGACGCGAGAGGAAUUGGAUUGGAAGAAGGCGAUGGCCAAGGCAGAACUCGAAAAAGAAGCCAAGAAUCAGGGACAGACGCUUCCGGGCGCUGCUGGAGUUAUCGAACCGCUUCAGAAGAAGAAAACGGAGACGCCGCCAUCGUCACCGAUUCAGAUCCACAUUCAGAAUCAUUUGAAUCACAAUAACGAUUCGGAUUCGGAAGGUUAGCUUUUUUUCAUAUUUCUAACUCAAACUUCUAAUUGUGAUUGCGUUUGUUCUUCUUCUUGUCUUCUUUUCAACUUUUUCUUUAUAAUUCAGAAGACAGAGAGCAUGAAGAUGUGCCGGAUAAUGGAAAAGACGCAGAAAUAGCCGAGAAGGACGAUGAUUUCGUGUACGAGCGUCUUCGCGAAGAAUUGUCCCCGCAGCCUCCGAUUGUUGUGGAUUUAGACACGACGGACUUAGAUUUGGUUCCGAUAAAGGUAAUAGUAAUAGAAUUUACUAAUCUUCCUGAUUUGCAUGCGGAAUACUAACUAUUAUUGUACCGAACAACUUGGAAACCUACAGUACUCACUAAUCACACUCUAUUUCCAGUCACUACCACCACCACCGCCGGGAAUGUUCCCUGAUUCUCCACCAGAAUCAGGCUCCGACAAUCUCCAUCAUCAGAGGAGUCAAGAAAUGAGCGAAGAGGACGAUGAGGACGAUCUUCGAUAA